GAAAAAUUUCUCAAGAAACUUUAAUUCAACAACAUUUAAAUAAAUAUUAAGCCAUACGGAGGAUACUUUGAGGUCUAAAUUCAGCAUAUAAACUAAAUUAACAUUAGCUUGCAUUGACGAGACGUUUUGAUAGUGAUAGAAAAACUGUAAUUACAACAUAAUUCAUUGAUUUUAUCUGUAUAUACACACCAUACUUUUAUAUUUUUCUUCUUUUCCGCCCGUCGUCGUUUCUCGUCUGAAAAAAAAAGUGAAAAAAGAAAAAAUGGCACAUUGAGUGGAAAGUUGAAACGAAAAAAUAAUUAUUUCAUAUCGUCUGGAUGUCGAGAAUAAAAAUUCCAAUUUUUAAUUUCGCUCCUUAAUUGUGUUCAUAAGAUAAAAAGUCAUUGAUAUUGAUAAUUGAUCAUAAGAGACGACUGUUUAAUAAGCACGAUGGCUGAAAAGGGCAGUGGUAAGAGAUUUACCAAAGGAAAAGGAAAAGUAAUGACAUCAAAAUCAUCACCAGAAUCCGUUGAGCCAUCAUCACCAAUCAUUCCACAUAUACGUUGCCAAGAGAAUGCAGAACAAUUGCCAAAGUAUCAUGCUGCAUUAUCGCGAGCAUCAACCGGCGAAUUGCCACCCGAUGAUUUAGAGCACAUACAGGCAGAACUUGAAACCCUUUUAUCGACCGUUGCAUUAAGAUAUCGAGUAUUAAAAUCAGAAUUGGAAUCAAAUGAUAGUCGAAGAUCAAAGAAUUUAGAUCGUGCACCAAUUUCACGACGAGGUGGUGCAAGCUUAAUUCCAACAACAGUAAAUAAUAGUGGUAAACCACGAAAGUUUUCAGCCAAUUCACCACUCAAUCACCCGCCUACAAAAAUAUCUAAACUUAAAAACUCAUCAGCAUCACCCGCACCAAGUCAACAUACAGACGACAGUUCAGAUGUAUCAAGUCACAAUCCAAAACACAUAUACCAUCGUAAUGACACUCCAAAUAAAUUCUGGCUAUCAAUCGAACCAUUUACCGUGCCAAUUUCACAAGACGACAUUCGAUUACUAGAUGUACUAUUAGAUGAAUAUGCUGGAACAUUAGCACCACAAAUUCCAGAGCUAGGUCCACAUUAUGCAACAACGUGGGGUAUUGAGGAUGUAAAGGAGGAGCAAGAUACAAAUAAUCAACAACAAAUUGUGAAAGGUAAAAAGCCAAAUGGUCAACAAAAUGGUGAUGUGAUGCGCGUAUUAAGAAAUAGUAAGAAAAUGGGUGAGGGAAUAACAGGUCCAUUCACUCAAAGACUUGUAAGUGCACUCAUGGAAGAGAAUCUCAUAAAUGACGGACAUCAUCAUCCGACAGCAACAUCCACCACAACAACAACAACAAGUACUGAAAAUUCCAAUAGUAGUCUUGAAAAUAUACCAAAUAAUACCAAUAUGGUUCAUACGCGAAGUGCGACAAAUUUACUCAAAAAUGGCAUUGCGGCUGAGCGAAGGAUACGAAAAGAACUGAUUGAACAGGGAAUUUUAGAGGCAAAAGAUGUCACAUCGAGUGGCGAAGGUCAGGAGGAUAUAGACGAAGUACUUACAGAAGUACAAAAAGUACGAUCCGAUUUAAUUGCAAUUGCUGAAUCAAAUACUAGCCAAUUGACGACACUUAAAGAAGUCGCACAUAAUGAAUUGAAGCGACUGGAAAUUAAAAGGAAACUUGACGAUGUCGAUCACGAAAUCGUAGAACAGACUAAGCGUGUUCAACUUGCAAAACAAAAAGGUCGUUCACUAUCAAAGAGCGAACGAGAUGAAAUACUACGACUGAUUGAAAAGCAGAGAAAACUAAGUAAUGAAUUGGAUAACUUACAUCUCCCUGGAUAUACGACGAACUUCCUUACUUAGAUACUGUUUGUUCUCUCUCAUUCCUCUGUGAAUCGAAUCUUGUGAGAAUUUCUUUUUUAAUUAACUUUUUAUUGAACAAUUCAAAAUGUAAAAUGAUUCAAUGAAGAAAUCAAAUGGACAUUGUGGCUGAAUGGCUCAGCCAAAUGGCAUUUUUGCAUGCGACUAAUUAAAGGAUUCAAGUCAACUGAAAGUGUGAAUUAAUGUGUAUGUAAGUGCUAGAAAAUAACUUAAAUUUUCAAAAAAUGAGCAUAAUUUUUGGACAUAAUGAACUGAAUAGUCCCUAGACGCAUGCAUAGACCUUUGUCAAUCAGGUUUUUAAACGUACAAAAAUUCUUUUUUAGUGAUUUAAGAUCUUUAUGUAUAUUUGUGUCAGAGAAAAGGCAUUGACAUUCACAGUGCAAAGUCUGUUUUAUUGUGGUUUCAAGGUCAUUCGUGUUUACAUUUUAAUUUGGCAAAGGUCACAUCAAACAGUUGUAGCAAGGAGUGGUAAUUGAGCUUAAUUAAUUAAAAAAUAAUAGACAUGUCUGUUAGCACACCCUUGUAUAUUCACACUGCAGAAAUAAAUAAACCAGACAGCCAAAGCACUUGAAAUAGCUCGCUUGCAAAAAUGCACCCGGAUCGGGAUAAAUUGAUAAGAAAAUUUUUAAAUAAAUUAAAUGUAAGUAAUGAAUAAUAAGUAUUAAUUGAUAGUGGAAACUCUUCAGAAUGAGCCACGAAAAGCUCUUUUCUUAAUAAUAUAUCUAUCUGUUGGCUCACAAUCCCUUUAAAAAAUAAAAAUACACAUCUAUUGAUAGAAAAUAGGAAAUUUC